AUGGAUCUAAAUCUAACAGCUCAUGCAACUCAUCAACACUUUUUGUCCAAAAUGCUGAGUCAUUCUUAUCCCUGCUGCCAAACAGCAUCCGUAUCACGUCCGCCGAGACUAUCCUUCAAGAUCAGGGCGAUGUUGUCGGAAAGCAAACAGAGGAACCCAAGAAUCCUCUGCCUCCACGGAUUCAGAACAAGCGGUCUGAUUCUCCGUUCGCUUAUUACAUCUAAAUGGCCCGACACGGUCCUCCGAAACCUCGACCUCGAUUUCCUCGACGGCCCGUUUCCCGCCACAGGCAAAUCGGACAUCGAGCGGUUCUACGACCCGCCGUACUACGAGUGGUACCAAGCGAGCAAGGGUUUUAGAGAAUACAGGAACUUUGAAGAGUGUUUGGAUUAUGUUGAGGAUUACAUGAUAAAGCAUGGACCUUUUGAUGGUCUUCUUGGUUUCUCUCAGGGGGCUUUUCUAUCUGCUGCUCUUCCUCGAAUGCAAGAACAGGGAAAGGCUCUAACUAAAGUGCCAAAGGUCAAGUUCUUGGUGUUAAUAUCCGGAGGAAAAAUUCCCGGGUUGAGGUUUGGGCAGCCUGAAGCUGCGGUUGGUGCAUUCUCAUCUCCUGUUCGUUGCCCUUCACUCCACUUCAUAGGGGAGAGGGAUUUUCUGAAAACAGAAGGUGAAGUUCUUGUGGAAUCAUUUGUAGAGCCGGUGGUGAUCCGUCAUACAAGUGGACACACUAUACCUAAACUUGAAACUGAAGCUGAGGAGACAGUGUUGAGCUUCUUCCAGAGGAUUAGGAAGAUGCUUUCUGAUGAGGCGUCUUCUGUAAGAAGCUUGAUGUGAUUGAGAGCUCUAAAUAGGUUUCAGUUGGAUUAGGUGAUCUUAUAAUUAUAUCUUUGUAUUGUGAGGUGUUGCUUGUUCUUUUUGCAUAUGUUUCUCUUGGUCAUUUGUGUGCCUGUAGAUGUAGACAAAAAAAUAAGACGGUUAAAUAUGGUAAUAAUUUACAACAGUUCCAAGUUC